AAUAAAUUCCAUUCCUUGGGAUUGGUAGCUAUUAAUAACAUCUCUGUACUACAAUGUAGUUGAAAGAGGCCUGUACAUUCCAUCUGUAAUUGAAAGAGUUCUGCAUCAUACUUUAUUUCUGGCGGAAGGAAGUCGUGAGGAGUCAGGAGAGGUCACAAGUUCAAAUUCUACAGUGGGCAAGGUAUGUAGGCCUCAUUUAUAGCAUAGUUAGAUGCCACUGACAAGGAGUAGAUCACAAGUUCAAAGCUUGAAUGGGGUAAGGCCUGGGAGUUUGACGGAUCAUUCAGUGUUUAAGGCUGAUUGAAGAUGUUUCCAGGGUUCUUUUUCAGAAGGGAGUCCUCCAAUGCUGUGCUUUCGGCAAGGGAGGAGAGGGAGUGAACGAUGAGUCCAGCACAAAGAGAUGGUGAAGGAAGAAGUGUGUCUUUGGCUAAAGACGUCUUUCUCUGUCACAGUGGCAAACAGAAAAUCCCUGUUCGGGAGCUACACAAGGAGCUGACAAAUAAAGGUGUAUCCUGCUUCUUUGAUGACGAUCCUCAAAGCUUGCCACUAGCUGAAAAGUUCCCUGCUCGUAUUUUUGGAGCCGCUAAGAAAUGCAGAAUAGCAGUACUGGUUAUCUCCAAGAAUUUUAUCCACUCAAAAUGGCCAAUGCAGGAACUUUCUGCUUUUUUCAAAGCCAAAAGUUCUGGUAAAAAUCCCCACAUGAAAAUACUACCCUUGUUCUUCAUGAUAUCUCCAAAGUCCCUUUCUGAGAUUACGGAAGACAACCAAGCAUGGAAAGACUUGGGGAUGUCUGCUAAGAUUCGGGUUGAAUGGCAUGGUGCUUUGAAAAAAGUAAGGUCAAUUAAGGGUUUGGUGUUCAAAGAAGUUGAGGAUCUGGUGGGUUUUAGAGAUAAGGUUGUAAAAGCCAUCUGCUCCCUGCUACUUCCCCACAUACCCAAUUCCAUGCAAGGGCAUGCACGUCAAGACCAGGUUUUGCAUGGAUUUGCCAGCAUCCCUUCAACACCACCUUCAGACUCUUCUUCCUUCAAGGAUUGUUAUGGACGUUGCUCUAGAGUAUAUUGCAUUCUCCAUUAUUUUCCAUGGCCCAGUUAAGACUCCAAUGGAGGACCUCCAAUCAGUAUGAUGUGCUGCUCUACAAUGAGCUACUGACCCUUUUCCAGCGGAAGUGGUGAUUUUUCUUACAAGAAUUAUGGGUCUUUAUAAUUUGUGGUAAGUUUAUUUGCCUCAAGGAAAAUGCUGUUUAAUUCUGCUCUUCUUCGCAAAUCCAAUUUGCUGGUCAAUUCUGCAUCAAUAAAAGAAAU